UUCAGCGGCGCCAACUUAUCAGUGAGCCUAAUGGCUGUUAUAUAGUAAUUACUCACCGAGAUUUAAGCGAGGAAUCAAGUUUUGGAGGGCGGCAGUGAGCGAGGGGAGGCGCCCGCCAGCCUGAGCCGCCCGCCAGCCUGAGUGAGUGAGUGAGUGAGUGAGUGAGAGGCGGCCAGGCACACACACACACACAUCGACUCUGAGCUCUGUUGGUGCUGCCGCCGUGCCGCCGUGACCAUGCUGGUGCCCAGUGACGGCGUGGCCAGCGGCGGGGGCAAGCUGGUGGCCGCCCUCGAACAGUUCUACAGCGAGCAGGUGGCUAAGAGGCGCAUGGUGGUGAACAAGCGCGUGGAGGAGGUGGUGCAGGUGGCCCACGACCUCAUGAAGCACGUGGAGGCACAGGAGCCGCGAUGCCUCUCCACGCUGACGCAGGCGGCGGGCCGCUGGGAGGGCCUGCACAUCCUGUCGCCGCACGAGUACCAGGUCACCAUCUACCUCAACCAGAUGGGCGAGUUUAACCUGGUGGACGACGGCACAGUGCCGGGCAGCGCCGUGCUCAAGCUCAGCGACGGCCGCAAGCGGUCCAUGUCCCUGUGGGUGGAGUUCAUCACGGCAUCCGGCUACCUCUCCUCCAGGAAGAUGCGGGCCCGCUUCCAGACGCUGGUGGCCCAGGCGGUGGAGAAGAGCCAGUACCGGGACCAGCUGCGCAUGGUGGGCGGCACGUCGGAGGUGCGGGUUCGGAUCCGGGACACCUACACGCUGGACCUGACGCUGGCCUUCAAGUGCUACGGCAUCUGGCCGCGCUCGGCGGCCCACUGGCCCGAGCUGUCGCUGCCCUGGCCCGGCGUGGAGCUGGCCGCCGAGGUCAAGAUGUCCGGCUUCACGCUGGUGUCGCGGGACUGCUCGCACCUGGCGCGGGAGAAGGACAAGGACAAGCAGGACGCGGCCAUCACGGCGGAGGGCGACACGUGGGUCAUGGUCUUCAUGGAGGCCGAGGACCGGCUCCUGACGCAGGGCUGCCGCAAGAAGUGUCUCUCCAUCCUCAAGACGCUGCGGGACCGCCACCUGGACCUGCCCGGCAACCCCGUGUCCUCGUACGUGCUCAAGACGCUGGUGCUGUACGAGUGCGAGAAGCACCCGCACGAGUGGGAGUGGGACACGCUCAGCCUCGGCGACCGCAUCAACGGCAUCCUGCUGCAGCUCAUCUCCUGCCUGCUGUGCCGCCGCUGCCCGCACUACUUCCUGCCGCAGGUCGACCUCUUCAGGGGCUCGCCGCGGCAGAGCCUCACGCAGGGCGCCUCGCAGACCUGGCGGCUGACCCGGGACCUGCUGACCCGCACCGAGUACCUGCAGCAGUGUUAGGACC